AUGGCUAUUAAUAAGAAUGAAAUAAAGAAAAAAGACGAUGCGGUUGCGGAUAGUAUGCUUUAUAAUGGCAGAAAAUUAACUGCGGCAGAAAAAACUAUCUUUGACCACGAUUCUAUUAAAAAUGAUCUAACAAAAAUAAGGGAUACGGCUGAGAUACUAGAAAAAGUUAUCAAAGCCAAAGAAGAAAAUAUAAAAAAUACUACUCUGCUGAAUGCAUUAAAAGGUUACAAACGCAAUAAUCCGGACAGCGUAAAAGCGAUUAACGAAAAGAAUAGUAAUCAGUUUGAAAUUGCGGUUACGACUUUGGAAAGUUUUGAAACCCCAAGUAGCGAUAAAGCCACUUUGGAAGCCCAAAUUAGAGAUAUAAAAAGUCGGGAAAGUUCUCUCAAAGCCAAAUUGGCCUCCAAUCAAAAAAAGAAAACGGAUUUAGCGGAGAAAGGAGCGGAAGCUGAACGAAAAAGAAGAGAGUUUGAAAAAAAAGAAAAUGAUUUAGGUGUCACUUUUCGUUCUCAUUUAAUUGGUGUAGAUAUAGACCCUGCUACUGGAAAUUUCACUAAUACCACUAAUGAUGUUUAUUCAUAUACUCCGACUGGUUCAACCACUCCCAUCCAUGUCAAUACGCAUUUAAUUGAGGUUAUUAAGCAUUACCAGAAUCGAGCUUCUCAUCCUACUCCUCUUUUUAAAGCAAAGAUUAGAUACGCACCGGUUCAUCGUAGUUGUAUUACUGGAUAUCCAUUGAGGGAAGUAGGCUUUCAAGUAUUUAAUAUAAUGAAAGCGAAUAUUGAUAAAAACAAACUUUUUGCUUAUAUUGAUAGUGCAACGCUUACUUUUCCCACAGGAAAAUUGGGGGGAAGUUUCGGCAACACAAGUUGGGAAGAUUUGAAAAGCGAUGGAAAAACUUCCAAAUAUGAUCCAUUUGCGAGUGGUAAUUCAAUUGAUGCUACUUACCCUUUUGAGGGAGGCUAUUUUGAUUUUGUCGGUUUUAUUGAUUUUAUGGAAACGGUCUUUCCCAAUACCAGCCUAGAUAGUGCCGCUAGUUCUUUCCAUCCAUUAUUUAAUAGAAAUGGUAGCAAUCAUUUAGAAGAAAGCAUUUUAAACAAAAGUGAUUUUUCUUUCACCAUAAAUGCUGCUUAUACUAAAGACCUAACUCCUACCAGCACGGAAACAGGCCAGGAUCAAAAACAAUUUGAUAAACCAUUUGAUACAGGCAAAACUGAUAUUGUUGGCAUCUUACAAUACUUUUGGGAUUCUGGUUUCAGUGAUGCAGCUGAAAGAACUUCCGGAAGAUUGGCUAAAAACAUAGAUGGUAUUGAAAUAGAUGAAGAAUUUUUAGAAAAAAUUACUCGUGAAACAGUUAAAGAUUUUAUUAGAUUGAAAAAAGAAUCGGGUUUCAACCCCGUGUUGUCUACCGAAUAUUUACUUUCUCGAAAGUUAAUAGACUACAAUGAAGGUUUUAAGUUAGAUAAAAAUGCUCCUCUAGCUUUACCAAGUUCCACCAGCGGUUCACCUACUAAAGUUUAUAAUUUAGGACAAAAGAAAAGAGAGCAAGAAAUAAUUCGCGAUGGUUAUGAAGCACAUUUACAAAAGAUUAUAGGCACCGAAGCGGAUUAUAAUGUUGAAUUAAUGGAUUUAAAAGAGGAACGAAAACUUUUAGAGGAUGCUUUAUCCAAUUUAGAUAUCAAAGAUUUACCAACUCUCCAAACUAAAUUUAUGGAGAAAUACAAAAGCGAAAAACAACGGCCUGUUCCGGCUGAUUUAGAUGCACAAACUAAUUUAGACCCAACCUACAAAGGUUAUCAUACUUUGUUGACUACUUUAAGAAAUGAAUUGCAACCAUGGGAUGCUAAAAUUCACCUCUAUAGAGACGCUGGAGAAAAUGGCAAAGAAAGAGCUACGAACCUUAGUGAAACUCAAUUAAACGAAUAUAAAGAAGCUUUUGCUAAAGCCGAGGAAUUACGACUUUUGUCAAAUGCAGAGAAAAAAUUAUAUGAAGAUGUGAAAAAAGGCAAAUCAAUUGCCGGUGAUGAUCAACCAACAUCUUCCGAUUUAGAUGAAGCAAAGUUGGGAGCAAUAUUCGGCUUCACCGUGGAUGCGACAUUAUUAACACUGAAAGAAACCGACAUUAAGAGGAUUAUCAGCGACUAUAAAACUAAUGCUACUAAAUUCGCUGCCAUUACUUCCCAUGUGCGAGAUAAAGGAGUAGAGGGUGUAGCGGGUGGCGAAAAGUUUUUGAAAGAAAAUACAGCUUCCAAUGUGAUAAAAACCAUUGUAGUUCAUGAGAAUGAAGAUGCUUUCAAAGAUAAUCCAGACAAAAGCAAGAUAAAAGAGAUAAUGAAAAAAAUGAGAAAUUCCAAGAAGUAUGGUGACCCUACAGAGGGAAAUGAAGAUAAAAUGGAAAGAGACAAAUUACUUGCUUUCCUUUAUGAUGAAAAAUUAAACAAAGUUAAUACUUCUAGUCCUAACGAAGAAACACCUGGAGUUUGGGCUCCCGAAGAAGAAGGAACCACAGCCCAAGACAAAGAAGGGGAAGAAGGCGAAAAUGAGGAAAUGACGAUUACUCGGGAAACCGAGGAAGUGGAACGUCAUCCGAAGUUGUGGGUUCGAGUCCUGUCGCCUCUGCCAUUUUUACCAAAGGGUUUUUUUAGUAAAAUUCCUUUUUGUAAAUUAUUUCCUAUGAACGAUUUAAUAGUUUAUCUAGUGGUAGUUCCAGUAGCCUUUUUAUUAGGGUUUGUUGUCGGUAUUCUCGUUUAUCGAUAUGUCGCAGAAGUGCCAAAGGAGUCCGUAAAAGAACCAAAAAAGGAAGCCAAAAUUUCUAAUAAGGAACAGAAAAAUAAAAAAGCCAAAAGAAAAUAUUCAAUUAUGCCCGAAAAAAAAAAGAAAAAAGACGAAUACGGAGCCGAAAGCAUUCAAGUUUUAGAAAAUAUUGAAGCGGUCCGCAAAAGACCGGGAAUGUAUAUCGGUUCUACGGACGAACAAGAAGCCAUUGAUAAUCCGGUUGACGAAGCUGUAGCCGGUUAUUGUCAAAAAAUCUGGAUUGCUCUUUCAGCCGACCAAACUACUAUCACUAUCCAGGACGACGGACGGGGCAUUCCUAUUGAAACUCAUCCCAAAACCAAAAUGAGCGUUUUAAGAACCAUUUUUGAGGUUCUUCAUUCAGGGGGAAAGUUUGACGACAAAGCCUAUAAAACUUCCGGUGGACUCCACGGAGUAGGUGUAACGGUAGUUAAUGCCCUCUCCAAAUCUUUACGGGUAGAAAGUAGCCGCGAAGGAAAAACCGAAAACAUAAUUUAUGAACGGGGAAAAUUAAUUUCUUCGCAAAUUAUUGACACUCCUGAACGAAAUAACGGUCUACUAGUAGAAUUCACCCCUGACUCGGAAAUUUUCAAGGAAUUCACUUAUUUCAAAGUAGAAACCAUUCAAAGACGUUUGAAAGAAAUAGCCUAUCUAAAUCCUAAUCUCACUUUAUAUUUUGCUACUUCUCCCACGGCCGAACCAAUAGUCUAUCAUUUUACUGGUGGCCUAAAGAGAGAAAUUUUUCACCAGGUAGUGAGCGAAGAAAAAACUUCGGAAUAUUUUCAAUUAAGUCUGGCUUUUCAGUAUCAGGACAGUUAUGACAAAAAUAAUAUUCGUUCUUUCUGUAAUAAUAUUCGCACGAGUGGUGGCGGUUCUCAUAUCAGCGGUUUUGAGAGCGGUCUUUUUGAAGUUUGCAAAGAAUUAGUUAUCAAGGAUAAUCCUAAUUUAGAAAUUGAAACGAACGAUAUUUUAGUAGGUUUAACCUCGCUAGUAUCGAUUCGCAUUAAAGACCCCGAAUUUGCUGGCCAAACCAAAGACCGAUUGGCUAAUCGGGAAGUCCGCGAAAAAACCAAAAAACUGACCCAAGAAUUAGUAAGUGGUUUUUUUCAAGAUAAUGCCGCUACGGCUAAAAUCAUUAAGGAGAAAAUUAUUGAUAAUGCCAAGUUGCGUCUACACUUAAAAGAGGAGCAAGAUAUUUUUCAAGGUGAAAAAAAGAAUCUUGAUCUAGUAAAAGUAUUAUCUGGCUCGGAAGAAAAUGAAGAAAUAUUUUUUGUAGAGGGUAAAUCGGCGGGUGGUAGUGCCGAAGAAGGUAGGGAUGUGAGAACCCAGACCGUUCUCGCUCUCCAAGGUAAGCCGCCCAACGCUUUGAAAUUGGUGCGACGAGUUCUCCAAAACAAACAAAUCCAUAACAUUCUGUUAGCCCUAGGAUUUGCUGAUACCAAAGGGCUUUUGAAAAACAAUUAUGUUCGCUUCCUACUCGAUGAAGAAUUAACUUUACCGGAAGAUUUUGUUUACGAAGAAGAAGGCAAAAAAAAAGUAAUUGCGGCCGAUGCUCUGCUCAAUUUAGAGCAAGUAUCCAUUAUUGUUCGUGAAACCCUAAAAAAUUUACUAGGUAAAGCCAAUUUUCGGAAAAUUAUUUUGAUGGCUGACCCAGACGAUGAUGGAGCCCACAUUGUCAUUUUGCUGGUAACUUUUAUUUUCAAGCAUUUACCUUAUUUAAUUGAAGGGGGGAAACUAUUUGUGGCGGUACCUCCGCUUUAUCGAGUCCAAGCCAGAAAGCAGAUCCAUUAUUUUUAUAGCGAUCAAGAAUUAGAAACCUAUUUGAAAGACCACCCCCGCGAAGAACGAAAAAUUGAACGGAUUAAAGGUUUGGGGCAGAUAGACGCUUCGGAAUUAUUUGAAAGCACAAUGGACCCUGAAAGACGGCGUUUGUAUAACGUAAAUAUUGCUAACUGGACCGAGGACGAGCAAAUAAUCCGGGGACUAAUGGGAACCAAGAGCGACAAACGUAAAGAGUACUUGGAAAAACGGAGUUACCGAGAAGCCACUUUGAUUAUUAGUGAAGAUCAAAAGAUUGAUAUGAGCCACUUGGCCUUGGUUAACUUUCUUCGCUAUGCGUAUGCCGUAGUCGAAGACCGGGCUUUACCGAAUGUUCAUGAUGGAUUAAAACCUGUGCAGCGUCGAAUCCUUUUUGCACUCUAUCAACUAGGAAUUACUCCUAACAAAGCUGAAACAACUUCGGCUAAUAUUGUAGGUAAAACCAUGUCCGAUUGGCACCCUCACGGUGACCAGGGCAUUUACAACGCCAUGACAAACAUGGUGCGGUCUGACAAGCUUCGUUAUCCAUUAGUUUAUGGACGGGGUAAUUUUGGUUAUGAUAAAAAUCCCCCGGCAGCUAUGCGCAAAGAAGAACCGGUUAUUUUGCCAACUAGCCUACCCAAUUUGCUAUUAAACGGUUCUAGUGGCAUUGCGGUCGGAAUGACUGCUAACCUUCCUCCUCAUCAUUUAGGGGAAACUUUAACCGCUACUAUCAACCUAAUUCGUAAUCCUGAUUUAACUUUUAUUCAAAAAUUACAGGCAGAUUUACAGAGUAAGAAUCAGCAAAUCGUUGCUACCGAUUUUAAGAAGGAAGAAACAGAAAAUAUUGCGGCUAAGCAAUUAAUUGAAAUACAGUAUAACAAUCUAGUUGCUGAAAGAGAAAAGAUUGAAGAAAAUCUUCUCCAAUUAAAAAAGAAAAUUAACCAAGAAUUGGUUCACGAUUUAAAAGGGCCCGACUUCCCCACUGGUGGCUAUGUUUUGGAAAAAGAGAAGUUAUCAAGCAUUUAUGAAAAAGGCGAAGGAACAAUUUAUUUGCGGGCCAAAGCACAAAUUUUCUCGCCCCAAGAAGUGAAACUGGUCAGCAAAUCAACUCUGGUUGCUCGCGUUGCCGACCUCAUUAAAAUUAAGGAUGAAGACAAAAAAAUUGCCGGCUUAAAGAAAAUUGUUGAUUAUUCUAACCGGGGAAUUACUGAUAUUCGUCUGGAAUUUGAUGCUCAACAACAUGACGGACAAAUAAUUCUUAAUAAAUUAUACAAAAAUACUCAAUUACAAAUUAGUUUUGCCGUUAAAAUGCGGGCCUUGGUGGGCGAAAACCCCAAGAUUUUUUCUUUGACGGAAAUUUUACAAGCGUUUAUCAGCAACCGCCUAGAAAAUAUUCAAAAUGAAAAAGAAUUAAUUAAUUUAAACACUCGUCUUUUCAUUAUCAAUAAUUACCAAGAAAUUGCCGAAAUAAUUAAAGGUUAUCCGACCGAGGAGGAACGCCACGAACAAUUAAGGGAAAAAUUUACUGAAAUUAAGCAAGGGAAAAUUAAAAUUGAAAACAUUUUAAGCAUGUCGAUUAGUUUUCGCCAAUUUACGCCGGAAAAACAAGCCGAUUUAGCCCAGGGAAUAACUGAUUUAAAAACCGAGAAUGAAAAAUUGGCUCAAUUAGUUGCUAGCGAGGAAAAGCGAAAAGAAAAAUUAAUUGCGGACUUAGAACAAUUGAAAAAAGAUUACGAGAAAGACCAUCGUCGCACCCAAAUCAUUUCCGAUUCUCACUUGAUUGAUGAAAGAAAAGCUAUUGCUCCCGAAGAAAUUAUCAUCAUCCUCAGCCGCGGUGAAAAGAAAAAAACCAAGUCGGAAACAGAAGCAAAAGAAAAAUUACCUAGUUAUUUAAACAUUUACAAAAUUAAUUCUCUUGAUUCUACUAACAUUCCCAGUGUGGGCAAGGAAUUAAAGACCCGAGGUGAAAAUUUAGCCAUUAUUAAGUCUAAUCGGCGUGAUGAUUUGUGGUGUUUUUCUAACUUCGGAAAAAUUUAUAUCCUGCCAGUUUACAAAUUAAGUGAUAAAAGUAUUAAUUUGCGAGAAAGCCGAAUGUUGAAAUUAGAUGAAAAAGAGAUUAUUGAGAAAAUUAUUUCCGUCCGUGAGGACUUUUUAACCACAACCGAGAAAAAAGAAAAAUAUUUAGUGAUUGGCACAAAGAAAGGGAAGAUUAAACGUUUGCCCCUAGAAAAAAUUGGUAGAGUAAUGAAAGGGGGGAAAAAAAUAAUUAAUAUAGUCAAGCAUCGUGAUGAAAUUAGUCAAGUCGCUUUUACUUCUGGUAAUGAUGACAUAAUGGUAUUUACCAAACAAGGCAAAAGCAAAAGUUUUGCCGAAGAAAAAACCCGUAUUGUUGGUCGAGCCGCUUAUGGUGAUACGGCUAUUAAAUUAGAAGAUAGUGGUCAAAAAACUCGCUGUCCUAAGCAUAAAGCCCUGCUCGAACAGCACAAAACCGCUUCUUGUUGUGAUAAGAGUAAAUUAGGUGCUUCGCUUCGUUGUCCGCGUGGCAAAGAGAUAAAUAAAGAAAUAAGAAAUUGUCCGGAUUGUAAUAAAAUAAAACCCGCUGCACCCGGCCAAAUAAAAGAUGAAAUGGUUAGUUUAUUGGUUGUGGAAAAACAAUUGCCAAAAAAUGAAUUUAAUUUGUUGGCGGUUCGCGAAGACAAAAGUGGAAUAAAAAAAACUCUUUCUGCCGUUUUCAAUCUAGCCAAAAAGCGGGGAGGCAAAGGAAAAAAGAAAUUCAAAGUUGAAGAGCGAGAAAUUUCUAAAUAUUGUGAUAAGCACGAAAAUUCGAUUAGCAAUAUUGGAGAAAAAUUAAAAGCCACAAAAAAAGGAGGAAAUGAAUUAAAAGAAGUGUUAGGGCAGGCACAAAAAGAACAAGUUAAUCCAGAGGUAAUUAAAAAGUACGAAGAAGAAUUAAGCCAAAACAGGCAAAAACAACAAGAAUGGAAAGAAAAGGGUGACAAAAAGAAAAAAGAGUUGAAAAAUGCCGAAGAGAAAACCAAAAAAUGUGCGGAUUGUCGGAAAAAUUGUCCUCGCCAUGAGGAGUUAAAAAUUCAGCAUGAGAAUGCUAAGUGUUGUGAUAAGAAAAAGGAGGAAAAGCAAAAAUUACAAGAAAAAAUUAAACAAUUACAAGCCACUAAGCCUAAUUCAAAAACCAUCAAAAAAUUACAGGAGGAAUUUAAAGAGUUGAAUAAACAAUCCUUAAAAAACCGGGUGGAGUGUCCGCAAUUCCAGGCUAUAAAUAAAGCCAUCCGAGAAUGUCCGGAAUGUGCUAAACAAAAAGCCAAAAAAGCGGUCAAGAUUAUUCCGGCUCAUCUCCAAAAAGUAUUUUUAAUUAACAAACAAGCCAAGUCGGAGAUUUAUCUAUUAGCCGAAGAAGCCGUGUUUGAUUUUCUUAAAGACGAAAAAAAGAAAAAAAUUCAACUCUACAAAGGGCAAAAAUUAAUUACUAGUCUAAAUGCUUAUCCGAAAAAUAUGAAAAAUAGAUACAAUAUUUUGUCUGAUAAAACUAAAAAGAAAAUCUCAGAAAGUCAUUUUUCGCUACAAGAGAGAUUACGAAAAUUAGAGAACGAUUUUUUUGUCACCAAAGAAAAAUUAAAAAAUUAUGGGGCUAAAGAUUGUUCCGAAAAUAGCGACUGGAUUUUGUUGAAUGAAAAUUUGGUAAUUUACCAGAGCCAAAUUGAUUAUUUAAAAUCCAGACUAGUUGCUUCCAGCCAAGAGGAAGAUAAAAUUGUUACUUACCGUUUAUUAGAAACCGGUGAGGAAAUAACCAUUCGGUUAACCAGCGGAGAGACCAAUCCCGAGCAAGGCCAAAUCUCUCGUGCUUGCCCUCUCGGAAUGGCUCUCGAUAAGAAAAAAGUUGGUGAAAUAUCCGAAGUCAAAACCAGGAAAUCAACCACGAGGCCGGCUAAAAAAACAGAUGAACCAAAGCCUAAUGUCCCAAAACCUAAUCAGUCGCCAAACCCCCUCUUCUCGGGGUUAAAAAGCGAUAUUUUGGCCGAAUUGGAAUCAAUUAAAAGAGCGGUCACCACUAACGAAAUUGACGAAGUUUUAGGUUUGGGCUACAAGGUUGGCCGUGAUGGUGCUAUUCUGCGGAAUAAUAAUCAAAAAAAAGUUUUACCGACUGAACUAGAAACUACCGACUAUGAGGAAAUAAUUAGUUUAAUCACGCAAAAAAGAGAUUUAGGCCGAGACAAAAAUAUUGAAUUAAAUAAGGAAGUAGACAAAAAAAUGGCCGACCAUUCGGAUUUACUUUCUGCCAAGGAAAACGGAAAAGAUUAUGAUUUACUAAUCUUACGCGACCAUCCAGCCACGGCCAAUAUUUCUUUCGCCGAUUGCCAAUUUUAUCAAAUAACUGGGUCCGAAAAAAACAUCCUUCUUUUAGCCACCGGCAAGGAUUAUUCCUUAAUUGGCUCCCAAGAACAGCAAGUCGGUCGUGAUUAUUUGAAAGAAAACAGGAAUAAAAUUAGAGCCAUUAUUAUUGCUAAUACUAAUUGGCAAAAUAUUGGAUUAUUGGCUGAUAUUGGUCGUGAAAUCGGCUCUCAUAUACCCAUUUACACCAGCCAUCCGAGCAAAUUAAUUUUGCCUUAUCUUUUCCCUCGAUUAAGAAAUAAAAUAAUUGCUGAGUUAAAAAUUGGUGAUUUUUCAUUAUCUUUUGUUCCCCUCAAUGGCUAUCUAUUAGGCAAUUUGGGGGUAGCGGUUCACCGUUUUCAAUCCAGUUUCUAUUUUUUGGAAGGUCCGGAAUUUAUUCCUCUCAUUAAGCAAAUACUCGGCAAAAGUUCAAUCAGCGAAGUGCUAGCCAAAGAACGCCCUCCCUUUGACGGCAAAAAAGGACCAGAAAAAAUCUACUUGCUGAUUGGCAAUCCGGAAAAUAUCGAAAAAAAGUUAUUAGAUUGCUUAGCUAGUUUUUCCUUGGUCCAAAAAGCCAAUUUUCAAUUUGUAGUUGGUAUUCCACCCGUAAUCGGUGGUGAGAUGAGAUUAGCCCGCAUAAUUGACUAUCUUUACACCCAGAGCGAAUACAUAAUUAAUUUCAGCAAAAAAGAAUAUUUAAGCCUCGGGGUUAGUUUUUACGACUUAAAAUUGCUACUUCACUUAUUACAACCAGCAGGAAUAAUUAACCUCCAAAACAGUUAUAAGAAUAAAAAUUUUCUACCCCAUUUGCCUGGUCGAUUUUUGACUCUCAAUAAUGGUUGUGCCCUGGAAUUUCCCACUCAUAAAAUUUCCCCCCUUAAAACUAAAAAAUCCUUGAUAAGUUUGGAGGAAAUAUUAGUCGAACAAAGGAGCAAUUUAGGACAAAGUGGGCUAUUAAUCAUUCUUCUUACUGCCGAAUGGGGCAACAAUAAUCUCAACAACGGAGAACAGGAAAUAAAAGUGCCUGGUGAAGCAACAAAAAAUAAAUUACAAUUAAAAGAGGUGAAAAUUGAGCCGGUGGCUAUUAGUUCAGUGUUAAAUAUUCCAAAAUUAAUAACUAAAAUAAAAAAGAAAAAUCAAACUUUUUUCACUAAUUUAGCCGAUAAAUCAAAGCCAAAAAAAUACAUUUUGGCUAUGUUCCCUUAUCCAUCAGGCAGCGGUUUACAUGUCGGACAUAUCCGUAAUUAUACUAUUACUGACGCCCUGGCCCGCUUUUAUCGAAUGAAAGGCUAUGAGGUUCUGAUGCCGAUUGAAAUAAACACUAGCGAACCCGACUAUUAUCACUGGACGCAAUGGAUUUUUUGCCAAAUAUACCGGCAAGAAUUAGCCGAAUAUAAAGAAAUACCCGUUUAUUGGUGCGAAAAAUUAGGGACUGUCCUGGCGAAUGAGGAAAUCAAAAAUAUUGAUGGCAAAAAGAAAAAAAAAUAUCCCAAUGAUAUUAAAAGUUUACAAAAAAAUUGGAUUGGAUUACAAAAAGGAACUUUUAUUAAUUUUCCCGUAAUAGAUAAAAAUUUGACGAUUACUGUUUUUACCAAAAGCCCCCAAACUCUUUAUGGAGUAAGUGCUAUUGCCUUGUCGGUUAAUCAUCCUUUUAUCAUUCAAAUUACUUCUCCAGAUAAGCAAACCAAGAUAAAUAAAUUUUUGGCUAAUUUUGUGCUUGGUGAAUACGGAACUGGGGCAGUAAUGAUUAAUGCUUUUGCUCCGGAAAUAUUUCAGUAUAAAGAAAUACCCAAUCUGAUUAGUGAAAAAGAAUUAAAACAAAAUAAACAAGUUGAUUAUUCUUUUGCGAUAAAAUACAAUUUACCAAUAAAAAAAAUUUUUCGCAUAAAUAAGCAAGACGAAAAGUUAACAGGUCAUUUUAUUAAUUCGCCUCUAAUUAAUAAUUUAGAUAAUAAAGAAAAAGCCAUUGAAAUUAUUAACCAGCAUUUAGCACAGGAAAAAAAGGGCCAAAAAGGAGAAUUUUAUCACCUAAAAGACUGA